AUGAACAUAACAACCUGUGACUUUACAAUUGCAUUUUGGGUAAAGUAUACUGGUGUUGACGGACCUAUACUGGCACUUUGGUCAAAGGAUGGAAAACUAUUUUACGUUACAGUCAAGAAUUCUAGACUCAUUUUAUCGAUACACAACACUUUCCACUUACAAAUCAAUUCCUGGAAUCACGUAGCAGUAACCUGUCAGGAGCAUAAGAUCAAGGUGUUAGUUAAUGGUACGAAGAAGGCAUUGGUAGACCAAUGGAAUGAGUAUUUCUUCUCAUCGUUAGGCCGUUAUCAGUCAGAGUACAUCAUAGGGAAUGAUCCGGGUUUAGUUCAGAUGCCAAUGGCAAAUGGGGUGUUUGUUGGAGCAGUCAUGGAUCUUUAUGUGACUGGAAUAGCUUUAUCUGCGAAGCAGAUUGGUGACUUAAUUAAAGGUGAGAGUAGUAUCUAUUCAAGGGUAAGUCGUAUUCUUCGACUGCAGUCUCAAAUCCUCAGUAGAGGUCUGUUGAAUGUUAAAAUACAUGUAUUGUUCUUUUACAGUCUUUGCUUGACAUUUAAGGGCAGCUUGGAACUUUUAAAAAACGCAAACUUAAUUAUUAACGUUAUGCGUGGAAAUGAAUAAUUAAUCGUGGUAUUAUUCUCACUAUUUAAAGGCAAACCAAUUACACCCGUGAUAAACAAAGAAGAGUCGGAAAUACAUGGUUGCAAAGUCAAUGUAACGUGGAGUAGAAAAGAAUUAUGCACUAUAACAAAGAUCACUGUACGCUUCAGGGAGAUAAAACCUCAAGUCGAUGAAGCUGAAUGGACAGAAUAUAAUGUUUCUUCAACCACCUCUUAUCUCUUAUAUCUGGAAUGCGACAAGAAAUAUGAAAUUGCAGUAUCUUCUUGGUUUGGAGAAGUUCAAAGCGACUGGUCAGUCUCUCGGAAAUUUAAAACCCGCUCUGCAGGUGCGACAUUAUCUUAUGUACACUGUAUGUCCAAUAGCUGAUAAGAAUUUGGUAUCUGACAUGAAACUAUAUCUAGUCCGGCAAACCUCUGCCAGGGCCCAUAAGCGGAGCGGUCACCUCUUGUUAAGGAAGCGGACACCCCUUUCAGCUCCCUCAGAAGCCACGUGGAAAAAAAACAAAUCAAGACGGAAAUUUAUCACGAGAAAUCCUUUGAUGUUUUAAUAGGAACAAUAAAAAUGAACAGAUUAGCCUCCGCAUAUGGGAAUGUAAUAUGUAAUUUUUAUACUUUUAGCGAUCGUUCUCCUCCAAUUAGUCUGUCAUGACGUUGGAUAUUUACAUUUUCAUGGCCAUCUUGACUUUUGGGCCUGCAGUCGGCAAAUUAGCGACGAAGCCCCAAAAAUUUAACAAUUUCUUUCAUCUAAGCCACUUUCACUGAAAGAGGUGAAAAAAAAGCUUUUUAAGAAACGUUUUCUUUUUAUCAUUCAUAAUAUAGACUAUUAAUCCUCUUAAAGUUCAGAAAAACUUCUGUGUUGGUAAAUUUUUGUUUAUACGUUUCAAAGUCAGCCGGCUUACUUUGACACCCAACCUCCCCUCUCCCCCCACCCUUCCCCGACCGGCAAAACUAAGCGAGGAGGACAAGACUGAUGUGACACAAUCGCUGUUUUAUACUUUGACUCGUCUACCGUAAAUACUUGAUUGUCGCUCAGCUUAGGAUAGCGCUUUCCUCCCUUAACCUUACUACUGAUGGUGCGUUUGAUAGAACUUAUCCUAAAGGAAAACAUUCUGGAUGUAAUAUAUCAAACAUGAGAUGCAGUGUUUCAUCACCAGAUGAAACACCGAGAAGAGAGUUGAAAAUACGACGCGCAGCGGAGUAUUUUUGACGAACUUCGAGGUGUUUCAUCUGGUGAUGAAACACUGUGUCGAAUGUUUGAUAUUUCUUCUCAAACAAAAUCAUUUUUGAAGGAGAAAUUAAGGAUGCAAAUACUAAGCAGUGUUUCAUUCGAUUUCCAAACGCUCGUUAAAAAUUAAUUUCCUUUGUAUUUUCUUAAUGAAUUAUUAAUGAGUUUGAGAAUACUCUUUACAAAAUCUAUCGUUCCGUUUUCAAAGAUGAUACAAAGAUGGCGAAAUGGAAAAAGCAAUGAUCAACAUUGUUGACAGGAGAUAAAUUAUUAUUUUUGGGUUUUAAUUUGGUACGUUUUGUUUCGUUUUAUUUUGUUUAUUUGUUUUUUUUUUCUUUUGUAGAAGACAUUCUAAAGCAAUAUCUAAAGGACGAAAAUUGUCAUUAUCAUUUUCCUUUUUCCUUCAUAAACAGCAAUGUUGGCCAAUAUUCAUGCGGUUUAAAUUCUAAAGAAUUGUAUAUGAGUUUCGAAAUUAAAAAAAAUCGUUGUUAUGUGUUCAAGUCCUCCAUAAAACGUAAAAUUUGGCAGUUUUACGCCUUGGAAGCACUGUGACGGUAAAGCACUGGGAUGUUACUAAAAAGGGAAACGGAGAGCAGGGAACGAGAAAAGGGGGAUGAGAAAAUGAAAAGUGCGAACAAAACAGAGAUUUUGAAGGGUUGAAGUUAGGUUUUGUUCCCAUAACACUUAACCCCCCCCCCCCCACAAAAAAAAAUUCCAGAAAGCAAUAAUUAAUAUAACGCCCCAAAAAUCCGUUCUUAAAUUAAGCUAGCCAAAAAAAUUCUUACCAAAAUUCUCCUACCCCAAUAAAAUUCCGAAUUCGAAAAUUUCAAACCCCAAAAAAUCCUUCCAUCAUUCCUGUCACUUGAAAUUCGGAGAACCCCCCGGGUGCAGCACGUGCAAAGUUGUUAUUCUGCCGAUACCAACCUUUUGCUUUUUUGCCCCUCUCUUUGCCUUUUUGCUUAUUGAUAACCCACAACGUCUGCCAUUAUUCUUGUUGUUGUUGGAAUUAUUCCGUUUUAUGCUCCCAGAAGCAUUCAAAGUAACAGUGAAAACAAUAAGAAAAAGAUCAAGCUUACACACGAUAUACGUAUUCGUAUCCCAAAAUGAGUUUAAUGGAACGAAUCCUAAGCAGGCUCCCGUGUUUCUUUUGUUAGGAAACCUCGUAUACGGCCGCUGGUUUCUAGACGGUAGUGAUUCAGAUGUAAGGUUAGUAGCGGUUAUACAUAUCUAGUUUGUUCAAUUAAUGUUGGGGGCGGGGGUGGGCGGGAGAGGAAGUGGCGUUGGAUUCUUAUACCUUACCCCUAUAUUGGGAUGUCGGGCUUUUUUGCAACCGAUUUUGCGCGAAAACCUCUUCUUUGAUUCUUACUUUUUUCUAACUCUUAAAUAAAAUUUCAGAUCGAUCAUUUCAUAGGACAUCCAGGUUUCAGCACUGCUUCAAACUUAUGCAUUUGCAUUUCUGACUGCUGCAGGGGGCAUUAUACUCUGCGUUGACCGGUUAAAUUUUUGUCUCAUAACGUAGGAUUAUAUUGGAGGGUAAAAUAGUGGCUUGCAUGUUACUAUAAUAGGUAAUUCUUUUUUAUUCACAGCUAGAUUCUAUUCAUUGGUUUUUGUGAUCUUACAGGUAUUUUGGUACCGUUAACCAUACUGAAGGCUGGUGUCCUGGAAGCAAAGCAGCGAGUUUCAGUCAGAAUGGUUCCUAUGCUACUGUGCCCAACAUUAACAUAAGAACCUGUGACUUUACAAUUGCAUUUUGGGUAAAGUACAUUGGUGUUGACGGGCCUAUACUGGCACUUUGGACACAGGGUGGAAAACUAUUUUACGUUACAGUCAAGAAAUCCCGUCUUCUUUUAUCGAUAGACAACACUUUCCACUUACAAAUCAGUUACUGGAAUCACGUAGCAGUAACUUGUCAGCUGCAUAAGAUCAAGGUGUUCGUUGAUGGUACGGAGGAGCCACUGAUAGACCAAUGGAAUGAGCAUUUCUUCUCAUCGUUAGGCCUUUAUCAGCCAAAGUACAUCAUAGGGAAUGAUCCAGGUUUAGUCCAGAUGCCAAUGGCAAAUGGGGUGUUUGUUGGAGCAGUCAUGGAUCUUUAUGUGACUGGAAUAGCUUUAUCUACGAAGCAGAUUGGUGACUUAGUUAAAGGUGAGAGUAGUAUCCAUUCAAAAUAA